CUCUUGAAAGCAUCGAUCAAUACAACAACUACUUUUCAUUCCUCUGCAAUUACUCUUUUUCUUAUUUUCCUAUCACUUUGGGGUCCAGACCCAUAUUACGCCGGCCUCUCUCUCAAUCUCUGAAACAUGUUGGCGGCAAACCCACCCAAACGCCCCUUCUUUGUUACUCACUCCCUCCCCCUCUCCUCCUCUCCCUCGCCGUCCUUCAAAAUCACCUGUUCUGCGGCGGCGUCGGCGGCGGAGGAGAGGAGCGAGAUUCGGCUGGGACUGCCCAUCAAAGGCCACAUGGGCGCCGACACUCUCGAUCUCCUCAAGGACUGCCAGUUUUCCGUCAAGCCCGUCAAUCCUCACCAGUACGUUGCUAAAAUUCCUGAGCUGUCUAAUUUGGAAGUGUGGUUUCAAAGGCCUAAGGACAUUGUGAGGAAGUUGCUGUCUGGGGAUUUGGACCUUGGCAUUACCGGUCUUGACACCGUCAGUGAAUAUGGACAGGGGAGUGAAGAUCUUAUCAUUGUUCAUGAUGCUCUUGGGUAUGGGGAGUGCCACUUAUCCCUUGCAAUACCAAAAUAUGGGAUUUUUGAGAACAGUAACUCACUGAAUGAGCUAGCAAAAAUGCCUCAAUGAACCAGAGAGAAACCUCUGCAAGUUUCUACUGGCUUCACCUAUUUGGGUCCCAAAUUUGUGAAAGAAAAUGGACUGGACCAUGUGAGUUUUUCCACAGCUGAUGGAGCAGUUGAGGCAGCUCCUGCGAUGGGGAUAGCUGAUGCAAUUUUGGGCCUUGUGAGUAGUGGGAUAACACUAAAAGAAAACAAUUUGAAAGAGAUCGAGGGAGGAGUUGUGUUGCGAAGUCAAGCAGUUCUUGUUGCAAGCAAGAGAUCCUUGCUCAAAAUGAAAAGUGCACUUGAAACGACACAUGAGAUUCUGGAGAGAUUGGAGGCACAUCUAAAGGCAGAGGGUCAGUAUACGGUGGUUGCAAAUAUGAGGGGAAAUAGUACACAAGAAGUGGCUGAGCGAGUCCUUAGCCAGCCAUCAUUAGCUGGUUUGCAGGGACCCACUAUAAGUACAGUGUAUUGCAAACGUGAUGGGCAAAUAAAAGCAGAUUACUACGCCAUCGCCAUAUAUGUGCCAAAAAAGGCCCUCUACAAGUCUGUACGACAAUUGAGAGCGGUUUGUACUGCUGGCUGACCCGAUGCUGGCUGGGCAUAUGCGUCCUUAUGUUUGGGAAGAUGCGUCUUUUUUUACGGGUUUGCCGUCAACCUCACAUGCGUCUGGAGGUUUCUUCUUUCUUCUACGGCCAAAGAAUUCCAAAUCGCUCUUGCUCUCACUCGAAUCAACAAAUUUCUCUUGCUUUCCUCGCACAGAAUUUCAAAACCAAAGAGAUAGAGAUACGUUUGCUGCUCAAAAUCUCAAACUUGCUACCGGUCAGUUUAUUAUUUUGAGGUAUCGUUGGUUAGUCUGGAUCUUUUUUGUUUUGAGGAGGAAGAAGAAGAAACAGAGGGAAACGGGGAAGAAGUUGGCGCUCAAUUCGUACAGAAAUUGAAUGAACUGAUCAUCCCAGUUAUUCUACGAUGGGUUCAAAUUUGUUUGAUUUAUUUUUUGGUCCAUCUCUAAGCUUUUCCAUCAUCAUACAUCACCGUUUUGGUUUUUCCUGUUCAAGAAUCAAUCCAAGUAGUUUUCCAUUGAUCCGGGUUUGCAUUUUGUAGGGGUAUUGUUCGUGCUCCAGUUUGGGGUUUGAGUGAUUAAUGGAGGAGGAGGUUGAACCGUGAGUUUUUGAUUUUGGGUCUGUUAGCAAAAAGAAAUAGGUGAGAUUUCUGCAGGUUUGAUCUUUGUAUGACUCAAUUCCUACUCAUGAAAAAAAAAAUAUUAAGCGUGAUUUGUUACAAAUCACCUAUAGUAUUUGAUACCAUUUGCAUUGGUUCACAUAUCAUUGUAGUGCUCUAAUCCAUCGAAACAAGGAAAAAACUUGCAUGUCUUAAUCCUCAUUUAUUCGAUUGUUGGAUUACUUUUUUUUUUUUUUUUUCCUUGCAUGUCUUAAUCAGGUCUUCCAGUUUUUUGUACCAUGUUCUUUAGUUUCUCGCAGAGGAUUGAUGGUAUUUUUUAAUAUGUUAUUUUGUGAUUGCCUUAUGUGCAGGUUGUGUUGGUUGAAGUUUUUAGGGUUGGGUUAUUGUUGGAUUGCUUGCUUUUCGUAAGGCAGGGUAGUGAAGAUAGUGCUUCUUCUUCUUCUUAUGACUUUUCUCUAAUUGGAUUAUAUAUACUACUCACAUUUCAUAGAUUUGAUUUUAAAAAUAGGGGAUACAGUUAUGAAGAUUGUAGCCAAAUUUUAUUGCUGAAUUUUUUUCCCAAAUUCAGAUUAUGGUUAUAGCUUUGAUAUCUUCUUUUGAUUUGUGGACUUUUAUUGCUAUGUUCUUUGCAUUACAGUUUUAGCGAGAUUUUAUUGCUUUUGUGAAGUUAUAACUGUAAUCCAAAGAAGGUAGUGGCAAAUUGCUUUUGUGAAGCAGAGUAUUUUGUAUGAAAAGGAGGUAUGGAGGCUCAUCAAUCCUCAAAGUUCUUCUUUCAGCUGAUGUACAGAAAGAUAGAGACGAAUGCCAACAAACAAAUUGAAGAAAGGAAAAGAAGAAGAGGAGGAGGAAGAAGAAGAAGAGGGAGACGGGAAUAAGUUGAUGCUUGAUUUGAACAAAAAUUGAGUAAACUGAUCAUCCCAGGGGUAUUGUUCGUGCUUCAGUUUCGGGUUUGAGUGAUUGAUUGGAGGAGGUUGAAGAGCUUUAGCUGAGCUUUUGGAGUGAAGUGCAUUACAACUCACUAUAUGCUACUGCAGGUCAAGCUGAAGAGAUAUUUGGAGAGGGGAGCUGAUGGAGAGACUUGAUCAACUUCAUUUUUUGUUGUAAAACAGGCUUAAUCUUUUGAUAAUAUAAUGAUCAUGUCAACUAUGUUUUCUGUACUUUUAAAUUUAGUCCUUAAAUAACGUUGUGUUAGCUUCAAAACCCGCGUCAAAGUGCGGGCACAAUUUCUAGUUGACUGUUCAAUGUGAGGUGUAGUUUCUUCA